AUGCCACUGCUGAUGACAUGGGUGAACACCCACCUUGGAUUCACACUCAAUAAUAUUGAAGCCUUUAUGCCCGUAGCCUUCAUCAUCAAAGAAGCCAUUCCCGAGAAACCCAUCGCGGAAACUUGGGUGACCGUGGUGACGGGAGCAGGAGGCGAUCUCAAGGAUGCUGGCGGCGUCUUUCCUGAUGUUGCCAUUUGGGACGACAAUGGCAACAGAAUAGGACGAUACCGCACCAAGCUAGGCGACAAGAGAGCCCAGAGCAGCGCGCGAGCCGUCAAGAUACCGAAUAAUGAGAACAACGGGCAGAUAUCCGAUCCCCAAUAUGUCAUGUUGAGUCACGAUACCGACGCAACAUGCAUUGCGAUGGUCCAAGUUUCCAACGGCCGACUCAUCUUGAAGUACAACAAGGACACCGUCAAUCCGAAACUAGAAGGCACAGAUGAAAAUUCUACCGAAGCCCUGGAUCGCUUCAAGUACCAUAAGGACGUAUACAAACAGCAGGGUGAAUCGGAAAGGGAGUAUCGAACGAAGAGAACUCGUUCUACACGCUUGAGCAAGAGACAAGGCUCGGACAUGGAUCCUGACAACCAGGUCUUGACUGGAAUACCAGGUCAGACGGCCCGGGAGGUCUGCGAACACCCCAACUCAGUCGGGUAUGACAUUGUCUCGUUCGUCGACAGGGAAAACUGCGAUCUCACAGAAAGGAAUUUCCACGAUCUUUGUGCCGGUAGCAUCACGACUAAUUGUUUCGACGUCAACAAUACGACUGUCAUUGGAGCUCAGGGUCUCACAGGGAGGAGCAGAAACACCUCCAAAAGGCAAAUCGCAAAGCUUUACAAAACACGAGCUCACUGGAAAUGA